AUGGACUUUGGAUUGUUUACCACCUGGAACGCCGUUUACGAGGGCGACAAGGUUCCCUGGGACCCGGAAUAUCAGGGCGGCAAGCUCCUCGAAGCCGAGGCUUACAAGCAGAACUUCAAGGAGAUCGACCACAUCGAGAACGCCGGUUGGGACUAUGUCUGGUUCGGCGGUGGUCACUUCUCCACCCAGGGCAGCAUGGACCCCCAGUCCCUUAUGUUGUCUGGCAUAAUCGCCAACCACACCAAGAACAUCAAGAUCGGCACUUCCAUCCACCGCCCGACCCUGCGGUUGCCCGGUGAGACCCCAUCCCCGCGGGCGUUGCCCCACGAAAGGUACGCCUUCGACAACCUGCAGCCCGAGGACCCCUUCCAGGUCGCGGAACAGGUUGCCAUCGUUGACCAGAUCAGCGAAGGACGCUUCAUCUACGGCGCGGGGGCCCGCACUCGCGGCUCCGACGAGCGCCGAGACUACUUCUUCGAGUACCUGGAGCUUUUGAAGCAGCUGUGGGAAGAGGACAGGUUCUCCGGUUUCGAGGGCAAGUACUUUAACUAUCCGGGCUUCUACGAGAGCUACAUGAGCAUCCCCAAGCCGGUACAGAAGCCCUUGCCCAUGCUGCUCCCCGUGGACAGCCAGGAGAGCUUCGUACCCAUGGGCGAGCAUGGAUACCGCAUUGCCAUCGGCGCCGGCAGUUCCCCCCACAACCUGCGGGGCUCCGCCGUCCUUCGUGAGGACGUCAACGCCUACCGCAAGGCAUGGAAGGACGCCGGGCAUGAGGGAGAGCCUUCCACCGUCGUGCGGGUGCCCACCCUGGUCGCCAACACCCAGGAAAAGGCCGACCGCCGCGUCGAAAACCUCAUGGACCUCGCCCGCAUCUAUUACGCGGGCCGCAUCGGCAUCGGAAGCACCGACGCCGGCAGCGCCGGCCCCGAAGCCACCGAGGAAGUCAACCUCUUCGGCACACCGGCAGAGGUGGUCGAGAAGAUCCACAUGUUCAAGGAAGCCUUCUCCACCGACGAGAUUAUGUUCGAGUGCAACUGGACGUCGUCGGUGCCCCGCGAGGUGGUCAUGGACACGCUGAAGUGUUUGAGCGAGGACGUUAUUCCGCACUUUAAGUAG